GGUAAUCUAAUUUGAUGCACGCAGUAUAAUUGAGCUCUCUUCAUCGUUUUUUUCAAUAGCUGUCAACGAGCUAUCUUUCCACGUAUCACGGCACGAACAACCAUCCACAACGUCAGAUAUAGUUUAUAAAAAAUUUCACCUGUUUCAGAAUCCGGUGGAAGGAUAAACGCACUGGCGGGGAGCGGAUAGCGUUUUGUUUGAAGGUCCGGCACAAUAUGAGAUAUGGGUGGUCAAUUCUGUCGCAAGGCGACGGCGCAGUGUAAUCACUCCGCCCCCGUUCCGCCCCCGUUCCGCCCCUGAUUUGUUAUAUACCAAAAUAUUUAAAGUAGCUGCGUUCUUUGGCACAGUGACAAAUAUUUUGAUCUUGGCAGUUCUUUUCUCCACGCUAAUAUUAAUAUGAAUGCCCAAGAGUCUGGAAAUCGAGGCAUCUCAUGUCGCGAGUCGAUUGAGAAAGGAAGUGUCCCUGAAAGAUAUGCUAUUGAUCUUAGGGGUAUAGAAAUUAGUAGGAAUGAUUCGGAUAUAGCUGAGCAGCAAUAUGUCACGGGCAUGAAGCUCCGUUUGAUUGUAUUUUCUCUGACUUUGGCUUGUUUCCUCAUGACAUUGAGCUCAUCGGUCCUGGCAACGGCAAUACCACGAAUCACAAGUGAAUUUCAUUCUGUGGAAGACAUAGGAUGGUACGGAAGUGCUUAUCUACUUUCAAACUGCGCCAUGCAACCACUAAGUGGCAAACUUUAUACCUACUUCUCCCUCAAACACACAUUCCUUUGUUUCCUUGUAACAUUUGAAUUGGGUGCAUUGAUCUGUGGUUUGUCAAAAGAUUCAGAUAUGUUGAUUUUAGGAAGAGCAAUUCAAGGGUGUGGUGGAUCUGGUAUUCUUAAUGGUGCUCUCACAAUUCUUGCUGCUGCUGCUCCCAUCUCAAAACGGCCAAUUCUUCUUGGUAUAAUAAUGUCUACUGCAUCUAUCGGACAGGUUAUCGGACCUCUCAUUGGUGGUGCAUUAACUCAACACGCUUCUUGGAGAUGGUGCUUCUAUCUCAAUCUACCCGCCGGCUUUCUAACUGCUCUUGUUAUCUUCUUCAUCCAUAUCCCCAGCAUUCACAACCCCGUUCGCACUUCAUGGUCUUCAAAAAAGAAAUUCCUAAACCUCGAUCCAUGUGGUUUUAUCCUCUUCACAUCCACAAUCAUAUCCUUUCUUCUGGCUCUCGAAUGGGGCGGCUCUUCCUAUUCAUGGUCAUCAGCUACCAUUAUCGGUCUAUUCUGCACUUCUUUUGUUCUGUUUCUGUUAUUCCUGUACUGGGAAUACAAGUUAGGAGAAAAUGCAAUGAUACCACUCGAUAUGCUAAAGAAGAGAAUAGUGUAUAGUGGAUGUUUGACGGGAAUGCUUAAUCAAGGAGGUCUAAUAGUAAUCUCGUAUUAUUUACCGGUUUGGUUUCAGACCAUCAAAGGGGUUUCGCCCACGGACAGCGGGGUGAGAACGCUACCGACUUUCUUGGCGACUAUUGGGAGCUCGAUUAUAGCGGGGAGUCUGGUUUCUCGACUAGGAUACUUUACCCCUUGGGCGAUAGUGGGAUGUGUAUGUUCAGCCAUCGGAUCUGGUUGUAUGAGUUUGCUUAAUGUCAAUACUGAGGCCGGUGAAUGGAUUGGCUUUCAGAUUUUGGUUGGUGCUGGACGCGGAAUGGUUUCGCAAAUGCCCAUAACAGCAAUCCAGAAUUCUCUUCCUGCCACAGAUAUUGCCAUUGGCUCUUCCCUUGCUACCUUCUCUGGCUACUUUGGUAGCGCAAUUUUUCUAUCUUUCGCCUCAACAAUCUUCACAAAUUCUUUGGCGAAUGAACUGGCUAUAUAUGUGCCAAAUAUCGAUACAGAAGCCAUUGUAGCAAGUGGUGCUACAGAAUUGAGGGAUUUGGUAAAGGGUGCGGAGUUGGAGGCGGUACUGAUAGCAUACAAUGAGAGCUUGAUCAGAUGUUUUUAUCUUGCGGCCGGAGGAUCAAGUGCAGCAUUCUUGUGCAGUUUUGGAUUGGGGUGGGGGACGGUGAAGAAGAAGAACGAGAAGCAGGAAGGCGAUCAGGAAGGGUUAGAGGAUCCAGCUAAAAACAAGAGUCCGGAGUCCACAGUGAUGGAGGGAAAAGCUUGAAAGUUGGCGAGUUUUAGAGCGCUUGGGCUUUAGCCAUGUAUUUUCGGGAUAGCCACUAUAUAUAUCUCUUGGAUCUUGUCAAUAGAAUAUCUUCA